UCCUUUCAUUUUCCCUAUCUGGCACAACAGCAUCAAUGACUAGAAUUAGCAGUGUAAUGCUCAAUUCACUAAAAAGUUGCAGGCAGAAAAGAUUGCAAGAACUUACAAGACUGUAGUAAGCUUUCACUGCAUUCAGAUUUAGAGAUGAGCUUAGCUGAGGAACAGUCACACCAAUAUGUCAGGAUUCUUUUCAGAUUGCUUCAGUUAUGAGCACACAUAUUUUGAGAUUUCUGCUCUGUGGCUUUCAGCCUCGUUACUUUUUUUUCUAAAAAAGAUUCCUCAAGUCACAUAAAGCUAAAUGUGCAGAGAAGAAAGAAGGAAAGAAAGAAAGAAGAGGCAUAUCAACCAUUGACAGAAACUGCUGAGGUGUGAGAGAACUGGGGCAGCUGGAGACAUGCUCAGACAGGGUGAAGUCUAAGCAGGCAGAUAAGCUGUGUUUUGCCCACGCCCAGCUCAGAGGCGGUGAGGCUUCCCAGGGUGACAGAAGCACUGGAUCUCUGAGCAGCUCCCUUCAAAAAGCCUCCACCAUGUUCCUCGCUAAAGCUUUGCUGAGUGGAGCAAGUGGCAGUGGUCGUGGAGGGAGCCUUGCACGCGGUCUUGGAGGUCUCCUAAGCGGAGGCGGACAUGGAGGGAAUCUUGGAGGACUUGUUGGAGGUCUUGUCAAUCUUAUCAGUGAAGCAGCAGCUCAGUAUAAUCCGGAGCCACCUCCACCUCCUCACAAUCAUUUCACCAAUGUGGAAGCUUAUGAGAGUGAGGAGAUCAGACAGUUCCGUCGCCUUUUUGCCCAGCUGGCUGGAGACGAUAUGGAGGUGAAUGCCACAGAGCUAAGAGACAUCUUGAACAAAGUGGUUUCCAGGCAUCAAGACUUGAAGACAGAUGGCUUCAGCUUAGACACGUGCCGUAGCAUGGUAGCCGUCAUGGACAGUGAUACGAAUGGCAAACUGGGCUUUGAAGAGUUUAAGUACCUGUGGAACAACAUCAAGAAAUGGCAAUGUGUGUACAAGCAGCACGAUACCGAUCGGUCGGGCAGCGUUGGGAGAGAGCAGCUGCCGAGUGCCUUGAAGGCUGCAGGGUUCCACCUGAACCAGCAGCUCUGCCAGGUGAUCGUGCGCAGGUACGCCCACGAGGACGGCAGCAUGGACUUCAACAACUUCAUUAGCUGCUUGGUACGACUCGACAGCAUGUUCCGCACCUUCAAGUCCCUGGACCGAAGCGGAGAUGGACAGAUCAAAAUGACCAUUGAAGACUGGCUGCAGCUGACCAUGUACUCCUGAAGGCAGAGCAGAGAAGAAUCAGCUUCAUCUGGAAGAUCACAUGGAAGACUACGAUCCUGUGCUGUAGAACUGUAGUUUUUUCCUUCUUCUAAGCAGAUGUAGCUCAGCUGAAAUCUGUGAUUCCUCUUGUGCAUGCAUUAGUCUGCUUUUCUGAAGGGAUUGUGUAAGUUGGCAGUUGGACAGUCUGUCUCAGCAAACUCUCUCUAGACUCUCAAGGGAGGGAAAAUGUUGAAGGAUCAAAGCUUAGUUAUUUCUUCACGUAAAGUGGCUUGUAUAUGAGUAGAACUAUUAUAUAAAAAGCUCGUAAGUUUGGCGUUGCUCUGUGAUGUUACUGUUCUGAUUUGUCAGCAUUCACUUAGCUGGAAUAAAACACUGCUCGCCUGAAGGCAGUCA